AUGGAACAAGAAAGAAAGGGUAAUAAAGGGGAGGGACGAAUCAAAGCGACAAGGGCUGAAUCUCAGUGGAUCGUGGCAGCAAGGCCACUCUGCCACUUACAAUACCCCGUCGCGUAUUUAAGUCGUCUGCAAAGGAUUCUACCCGCCGUCCAAUGGAAAUUGCGCUUCAAGGCGUCCCGCAAGGCUGAUCCGCCUCACGAGGGUCACCCACGGCACGUGCCUCCUGGGGUCGAGGCCCCCUACCGCUGUCUGACUAGAGUCAAGCUCAACAGGUCUUCUUUCCCCGCCGAUUCCGCCAAGCCCGUUCCCUUGGUCGUGGUUUCGCUGGAUAGUAGACAGGACAAGUGGGAAUCUC